AUGGACAUGAACGAGAGCAGCGAGAAAGGGAUGGAGGGCAAUGGGUCCUCUGGCCCCGGCGGCGGCAUCCCCGUGGAGUGGCAGAGCCAAUUCAGCGGCGGCGGCGGCUUCUCGGCGCACCAUCACCAGCAGCAUCCUCAUAUGAUGGACUCCUUCGCGUCCGGCAUGUGGCCGGCGGCCUCGCAGCACGGCGCGGGGUUCCUGGCGCCGGUGCCCGGCUUCCUCCCGCCGCCUGGCCUCGGGGGCCAUUUCCCGGUGGACUCGGGCUUCAUCGAGCGGGCCGCGCGAUCGUCGUGCUUCGUCGGUCCUGGCUCCGGUGGCGGGAUGAUGGGUGCUGGCGCUUUUGGCGGCGCGGGCGAUCAGCACAUGGGCAGCGCUUUCGGGGAGGGGUACUUGGAUCAUCGUAGGAAGGAAGGCGGGGACAAGGCCGAGCCGGAGCUCGCCGGGAGCGGCGGCGUGCCGAGCUCGGAGGCAGCCGGCGGAGACUGCUCGUCCAAAGGGUCCGACUCCAAGAAGAGGAGAAGGCCCAGCGAGGUGAUGGGAGGUGAUCAGGUUCAGUCUUCCAACGUGGCCGCUGACUCCGCAAACGAGAGCGCCCAGAGCAAAGAUAAAGGCGAGGAGAGCAGCCCGGCGACGGGGACGACGACCGGCGGCAAGUCCAAGGGGAAGGGUGCCAAGGAGAGCUCCGAGAAGGAGGACUACAUCCAUGUCCGAGCCCGGCGCGGGCAGGCAACCAACAGCCACAGCCUCGCUGAAAGGCUGAGAAGGGAGAAGAUCAGUGAGAGGAUGAAGCUUCUACAGGACCUUGUUCCCGGCUGCAGCAAGGUCACCGGGAAGGCGGUGAUGCUCGACGAGAUCAUCAACUAUGUUCAGUCCCUGCAAAGACAAGUCGAGUUCUUAUCGAUGAAGCUGGCGACAGUAAACCCGAGGCUUGACCUCAACAUAGAAGGGCUUCUCUCAAAGGAUCUUCUUCGCUUCCCUGGGGUGUCCUCCUCGUCGAUGGGAUUCUCCCCGGAGAUGAUGCACCCGCAGCUGCAGCUGUCGCAGCCGGGGCUGAUGCAGGGAGGCGCCGCCGCCAUGGCGAACUCGGACGUGUUCAGAAGAAUCAUGCAAGCGCAACUAGGAGCAAAAGAUGGAUCCCAUUCACAGAUGGCCCACGCAUUGAAUGGCCCGUUCAGCGAUCACGUUGCGCAGAUGGCGUACCCGUCCAUGGGCUCCUCGCACUCGCACUCGCAGGACCUCAGCAUCAGGCCGUCCCAGGACGCCUACCAAAUGUGA